AUGGAUUCCAGACUUCGGGGCUGUAUGCACCAGGGUAAUACCAAUGACCUUCCUGUACAACUUAAUCACACUGUAGCCCGCCAGCCGUGUGGGCUCGAGCCAAAAGCUCCAAUUACGACACCGCGACGAGUUCUGCUGUUCUGCCUGUCAUGGGCCAUGCCCGUGUCUUGCAAGGAUUUCUUGAACGUCACCUUCAUGGUCUCCAGCACAGCGCUGAUCCUGCAGGGUGCGUUGGCGCGCGCACCCGAGAGUGCUCCUGGGGCCGGCUGGAUGCGGCUUCAUCCCCUCUUUAUGGGAUUGGCCUUCUCGCUGAUGAUCAGUCUGGGCUUUUGGAUGUACAACUAUGAGGACCUCCCUGGUGAGUGGAUUGACACCCGCCAGUCGCGCCGGAAGACGCAUGCCUUUUGCCAGGCCACUGGUGCAGUCUUGGCGGGCAUUGGUUUCUUCGUGAACUACCAGGCCCAUAGCGAGACGAAGGAGGCGCUCUUCGAACUGUCCAGCUUCUCUGAGGGCGAAGUUUGGCUGCGCUUGGCGCACAUCUUCGUGGGCUACGCUUGUUUACUGGGGCUGUUGAUCCAAGUGGGCUUGGGCAUCAUGAAGUAUCGGAUCUUGGUGGAUGACAAUGACGACAAUGACGGAGAAUGGUCGGUGCACGAGCUCAUGGGAAAUGCCGUCUUCGGCCUGGCCAACCUCAACUUGUUGACGGGCUUGUGGAUGUGGAAGGAGUACUCCAUUGCCGUUCGUGCCAUCGUCUCCUUGGCGCUGGUCACGAGCUUGGUCUUUGGCCCCCGCUGGGACGGCACGCGGGGCUUCCUCAGCAACGAGCCGAAGGUCGUGCAAGCGCGGCAUGCUGGAGGAUCCACAAGGGUCUUUGGGCGCGCGUGA